UUUUGACAUUUCAUUUUGACAUGUUUACAUCUUGAACAAACUCCAUACCGCGUUUUUAAACUUUUUAGAAUAAAAUACGAAUUAAACCUUUAUUUCUCUUUAAUUCUUUUAAAAUGAAUUUAAUUUGCCUACCUGGACAGAGACUUUGUUUAUCGGAUGAAAAUACAGUAGCCGGCCAAGGAACCUACGAAAGACAAGGCUACAUUUAUUCAACAUUAGCUGGAACAGUGAAUGUUCGUGAACAAGAUAAGUUCAAAUUUGUCGAAGUUAAAUGCGUUGGAAAUCAAACUAUUGUACCUGUAACUGGCGAUGUUAUAACAGCCCGAGUCCAACAAGUUAAUCAAAGAUUUGCCAAAUGUUCCAUUAUUUGCAUUGGAGAUCAUAUUUUAGAAAGAAAUUACAGAGGAAUUCUACGAAAAGAAGACGUUCGAGCAACAGAAAAAGAUAAUGUUGAAAUGUACAAAUCGUUUCGUCCAGGUGACAUUAUUCUAGCCAGAGUGUUACCACAAACAGAAUUAUCCUGCUAUCAAUUAAGCACAGCUGAAAAUGAACUUGGUGUUGUUGUUGCUUUGGCCAAUGAAAGUGGUCCAUAUGGUGUCCCAAUGGUGCCAGUUAGCUGGACUGAAAUGCAAUGCCCUGACACACUUGUCAAAGAGCCGAGAAAAGUAGCGAAAAUUGUGCCGGAAAGUGCACUUAAAACAGAAAUUGAAGCAAAUGAAUAAACAAUUUUGAAAUAA